AUGCCUACGGUUGCGAAAUUCCUUCAUGUACGAACAUGCUGCAUCCUUUUGUAUGUGGCCUUGCUCCUGGAGCUGAAGAGCAGCGUGGCCAUUCGACAUUCUGAUCUUGAUCCUGAUCUGCCGGAAGCUGGCAACGACUGCUCGAUGACAUGCACAUCGCCGAUGGGUCGCAGUGGCACCUACGAGCUGCGUGGAGAAGCGGCCAGAACCGUGAACAGUGAAGAGCAGUACUUCAUCAGCGGCAGCUGUUCGGCUCCUGGAACCACCGCCAGCAUUGUGCCUUGGAUGGAUGCGCAGGACCCGCUCAACGGCAUCUUUGCGGCGGUGUUUGCAGACCCUGUUCUGAUCAACAAGCUGCGCGCUGCGACCUCAGACCCUCUGAAGCUUUGCGCAGCACGGAAUGCUCAGUGCAUUUGCAAGCUCAGUGGGGAGAAGCCACUUGGAGUGCUGGGACGCAUGGCCGCCAGGCUUCCGCACUCCAGCAAGGCAAGGGCCCUGCAGCUGGCGAUGGGGCGCUGUCCUGAGGGAGUUCCAGAUAUCUUGGUCGGUACCCUGAUGGUGAGCUGUGUGUUGGUGGUUGGAGUCAUGGUUUGGAUGCUGUGGCUGGCCUGGGCCAGGCAGCUGGAACCGCUGAAGCCCGAGCCAGAUGUCCGAGUGCUGGCGGAAGUCAAGACGCCAUUGGGCAAUUUUGUGUCCGGCUUUUCCUGGGCUGCCGGCUUCAUCUUUUCCUUAACCGCAAUGCAAACUGGUGCACUUGCAGUGGUCCGGAAGUCCUGUGACCAGGAGGCCGUGGUGUGGUUUGUCGCCGCCUUCCCCACCGCCCUUGCAUUGGCGGCCACGUUGCACCUCAUGCAUCUCUUUGCGAUGAAGCAGCUUGCCCAUGUCAGCCUGAGCUUGGGAGUAAUCCUGACAGACCUUCCAGAAGGUCACGGUGUGGACGCAUGCCUGGUUUGUGCCAUCUUCGUUUACUUCUUGUACAUCUUGUACCUUGUUAGCACCGACUUCCCCAGUCUUCUUGUCGCCCUUGCGGCGAUGGGCGGCUCUGCGUGGACCGUCCUAAAGGCUGUGAGCGCAGCCCAUGACAUCAAAAAGGGGCUCGACACGGUGGAGGUCACAUCGAUGAAUUUCGCACAGAUACCAGAAAAGCCCACGCCGGUCAAGCUGCCUUGGGGCACAUUACUUGCAAGCAAGGCGGAGGACCUCCCAAAGCUCUUGCGCUCGUCCUCGACUUCCGCAUGGCGCCGGACACGAUUGGGUCUUGUGCAGCAUGGACCCAUGAUAAGAGUCUUGAGCGGGUCUUACUCCGGGUUCCUCGUCCUUCCAGCCUUGGUAACAUUGGUGGCGGCGUCAUGGUGCAUCUCUGCCAUCCACAUGGCAAACUAUGCUUGCUCUGCGGGUGAGCUCACGGAGCUUACGCUUCCCAGCUCGAACUCCCUCACCUUCGCCCCGUGGCAGACGCAUUACGAAGUGAUUACAGACAUCUCGUACCAGCGGCUGGCAAUGGUUGCCUGGGUGCGGCCUUCCACCACACGGCUCCUAUUUUUCACCCCGCCACACCCCGUGCAUCAGACAUCCUUUUCAUCGGCCCACAGCGAGCCGAAGCAACAAUGUCUUCUUGUUGAGGAAAACCACAGUACUGCAGUGGAGGAGGUUAACUUGGCUGGCAGCCAAGUCCCGCGCGUGGCCAUUGUCAGUGUCCAAGGCCUUCGGCCUUCACUUCCUCCAACGAAUUACACGGUGCGGUUCACCCCGGCCACGACGCUGCCUGCGGUCCUUUGGCUCAGCACUGAGGGCUUCCAGAGGACCAUCGCGUGGUCUACACUGCAUGGCUCGGUCUUCAGUGUUCCAGAAGGUGUACAAAACCUUACAGUGGAGGUGGGUGUGGCGGACUUCGUUUUGGGGCUUCCGCAGUCAGAGCACAAGUUGUUUGGCUGCAGCCCUGAGACUGCCAAAUUUUGGACGUCGUUUCAUUGGCUUGCUAAUGCCACAGAAGAUCUUUGUGCCCACGACUGCGCGCUGAACUUGGAGUGCUUUCAGUCUUAUGCUGGAGCCAGCGGCUGCUUCAGAAUAGUGGGCGAAAGAGAUUGCUGGGAGGCCAGCGACAUCGGCGAAUUCAACACAACCCAAGGCCCAAGCCUCGGCACAGUACUGCUCGCGAGACAUGACCGGCGUUUGCAGGGCUGGCUCGACGGCUGUGUGCUGGAUGAGGAAAACAAAUCGGCGAUGUGUAGUCAUGCCGUGGACAUGGAGAGAAGCAGGCUUUCCUUCGGGAUGGUUCGACCAGACUGGUCUGCAGACACUGCUACACUUCGCUUCUCCCUGCAUCUGCAGAUUGGAGAGGAGCAUUUCGAGGCACAGAUCACACCAAUUACACUACACCGGGGACCUCCCCUACCAACCGAGUUCCUCACAAUGCUUGUGGGGGAGAUGGCAGGGAGAGGCAGCAGAACCGUCAUCCUGAACUCCCAGAACUCCGUGGACACAGAAGGCAAGCUCAGCGUCGUGAUCUCCGAGUAUGAUCCGGUGGACUUCAAGAAGUUGCGCCUGCUGGUCAUGCCCGUGCUGCCCGAUCCUGCUUUUCGAGCGAACUGGUCGGACUGGCGUUCGCCCAGCAUAGAUGACAUGAAGCUUCUACAGCAGCACCAUCGUUGUCGAGAAAGCAGCUUUCUGAGAUCCCGCUACGAGAUCUGCGGGGCACUAGGCGGUGUCACCCACGGAAAACCCUUGAGGGACAAGCCGCUGGUCAUCGGAAUCGACCCUCUCAGGGGUCGCCCUGAGGUGUCACCGACCUUUACUGUCGUCUUACGCAAGGGUCAUGCAGGCCAGUCAGGCUGGUCAGGUUAUGUUGUGACGCGGGAGCACGGCGUGGCUCUGGCCUUCGAAGGCGUUGACAGUCCGGUCGCGUGGGCGGCUAGGCGCCACGGCUGCUCACUGCUCGAUCCCAGCAUUGGCACUGAAGGGGCCAUCCUUGCCUCAGCAGAUGCCACUUGCGAGCUACUGCCCGGUUGUGCAGAUCAUCUGUGCGAGAAAGUGCGUAAGGAAAGCUUAGGCGGUGGAAAAACUUACGAUCGUUUAACCAAUCAAAAAAAGAACCCGCCAGCAUUGGUGUCUCCCGAGAAGACGGUGACGCUCCUGACAUGCCUGUCAAUUUAUGCCCCCUCAUGCAGCCAGAGCAUCCGAGAGCACCAAUGGUAUUGCACUCAACAAGCCGUUCAUCUCGAAGAUUUUGGCAUGAGGAUUCCAUUUGCAUCUCUGCUAGAAGCAGCCGAGUUCGGCGAACAUGGCCAGGGUUUGAUGCAGGCGAUCCGUCAGAAUCUCACUGUGGAGGAUGGUUGGAUCUUCGACAGAGGCGCUGCAAAAGAGCUUUGGCAGCUGCCCGAGGUCUCCAGCGACCUGCUGGCCACAGUUGCAGCCCUGAGCAAGGACCUUCCAAAGUUUCUGGCACGGGCGUUGAUGCAGAGCCCUUCGGCCAAGAUGCCGCCCGUCACGCCGAAGAUCCAGGCAGCUUUCGCCAACCUCCAGAGCCUGGAGCUGCAGCUCGAAGAUGCGGCGCAGCUGCGCCGCAUCAGCGCCCUGGCAAGCCUAGCUCCCCAGCUCAAAUCGCUGGAGAUUGCCUGCGACCUGUGCCCGUCGAUGGGCAAGGUGCCCUCCCUAGAAGACCUGCGAGGACUCUCGCAGCUCAGCGAGCUGCGCGAGUUUGCUCUCCACUACUUCCAAGUCCCCACACUCCCACCCCACCUUUUCCAAGACCUCGGGAAGCUGGUUGCAUUGCAUCUGGCUUCAAACCAACUCCAAAGCCUUCCGCCCGAAGUCUUCCGGGGCCUCGGAAAGCUGAAGUGGUUGGAUUUACGAUCCAAUCAACUCCAAAGCCUCGCGUCCGAAGUCUUCCAGGGUCUGGGGGAGCUGGUGAGGUUGGAAUUGAACUCCAACCAACUCCAAAGCCUUCCGUCGGAAGUCUUCCAUGGUCUAGGGGAGCUGAUGAAGUUGGAUUUAAGCUCCAACCAACUCCAGAGCCUUGCGCCCGAAGUCUUCCACGGCCUCGGGAAGCUGCAGGAGCUGUCUUUAAGCUCCAACCAACUCCCGAGGCAGCCCACGGAGCUCUGCAGCCGGAUCAGAUGCGCUUGA